AUGGAAACCCUCGUGCCCCCACCCAAAUUGAACCACCUCUUCACGCUGCGAUGCGCAGUCGAUCCCCCCGUGGAAAUCGGCACGGGCCCCUACGGUCGAAGACGCUGUGUGCCUAUCAAAUCCGGGUCUGUGCAUGGGCCGCAUUUCGAAGGCGAGGUUGUGCCCGCGGGAGGUGCGGAUUUCAUGCUUGUGGAAGAUGACCAGACAACGCAUGUGAACACCAACUAUGUGGUGAAAAGCAAUGACGGGGCAUACCUGUACAUCCGGACGGAGGGCACUCGAGCUGGACCCCCCGAGGUCCUGAAGGCAUUGAUGGAAGGUGGACCCGUUGAUCCGAGUCAGUACUGGUUUCACCUUCACAUCAAGAUUGAGACCGGACAUGAAAAGUACAAAUGGAUGAACAACCGGGUCAUUGUGGGGCGAGCUACUCGAGCAAAGGGCGAAGUUGCCUAUGAUGCAUACUAUUUGACCAACGAUGAUUGA